UUCGUUUCUCUCGGUGCUGGGUCGACUUACGAACUCCGUUACUUUGUGUUUUUUGUUUCUUCCGCUCGUGUUUCCUCCUACUUCAGUGCGGGGGCUCGUGGUAACCCGUCGGAUCGACGCCACGCCUAGGAUCCUUACCUUAAAGAGACUCCCUUCCAGCGCCCCCCUUUCCCCCGUCGAGUUCUUUCGGGGUUCCGGCAGUGUAGUGCGGACGUGCCGUGGAUGUGGGCACGACUCGAGCAUCGCUCAAAGUGUGUACGGGGACCAAAGAAGAACGUUUCCUUACAUCUGAGUGCAGCCAGGUGACCGAUUGAACGUUCGACCGGAAGGCGUGGGAGAUCGAAGGCUACAUUGAAAGCCUUCGCCGUACAUCUGGCCGAAGUCAGCACAGAAGUCAACACCGGAGACCACACCGGUGUUCACGACUAAGUCGACACUGAAGUCCACAUCGAGGUUCACCCCGAAGUUCACAUCGAAGUCAACGCCGAAGCCACAUCUUCACCGAACAUCGCAGCAAACGCAGCUCCGGAGUCAGCAGUGAAAUCCACACUGUGGCCACGCCAACGUGUCAUCGACUAUACUCUCGAGAAAUCGACUGAACUAGGAUUCGGCCCUGGCAUAUCGUGUCUUCAACCGAGCACCUAGAUUUCUAAAGCAGCCUUAAGUGUCUUCUCAAGCUGACUUGAGGCGAAGACAGUGUCGGACGUUCAACCGGAAGUUACAGGACUCCAAAUCGGAACUUUCAGAAGCUGACGCCGUGUAUGAUCGUUGCAGACAGUUCCUUGUUCCCUGUUCCGGUUCCCAAAUCCUUCACUAGAAGCAAAAAGCGCUAACGGAUCGCGGAAGUUCGAAUAUCUGCGCGACGGUUCUGAAGGCCGUGACCCGCGAGACGCCUGAAGUGACGUUGACGUGGUGGGGAAAAGAGGUUUUUAGCAAGAGACUCUCCUGCUCAUCGGUUUUUGUUCGAACAUCGCCACCCGAAUGCUCGAUAUUUCUGACUCUUCGCUGCUUUGGACUCGCCUCGAAAGUUCGAGAAGUUGACGCUCGCCGGCAAAGUCCAAGUGGGAUAUGAGACCGUGUAGUACCAGACGUCGUUUUCUUCCGCUGCGGUUAACGUUACUUUCGCUAUUCAUUCGCUCCGCCUGCGAUUGUCGUUGCAUUCAAGGCAGCUCUUACGCAUAGGUAAUUGUCUUCUUUACGUUCCACUCCUGUUCGUAGAACGCUGACUCCGAAGCACCGAGUCCUUCUGAGCCCGCAAAGACAGCCACCUAUCCGCAACAAACACAUAUCUUGCUCGAACAUACCUUCUUUGUAACACGAGCACGAGAAGUACGCAGUCAUGGAUCUCUUCGCCCAGAGGAUCAGCGAUCCCUCGCAGUUGGAUUACUGCCCCGCGGAAGACUUCGUCCGUGAGGUCGGGGAGCCACGACUGGUGGACGUGGUGGCUGGCCGCCUCCAUGACGUCACCCUGUACCAGCUGCUCGGCUGGGCCACCUCUCUCGUGGUUGCCGUGCUCACCAUGGUGUGUCUGGUGUGCAAGGUGUACAGCCGGCUCACGGUGGGCACAUGCACCUCCAACAAGGACAUGACCGGCCGCACGGUGCUCAUCACCGGCGCCAAUGCUGGCAUCGGCAAGGAGACGGCCAAGGAGAUGGCGCGGCGCAACGCACGGGUCAUCUUGGCCUGCCGGAACCCGGAAAAGGCCGCGGCGGCCGCCAAGGAGAUCCUGGAGGAGACCGGCCGUCACGUGGUGGUGCGCAAGCUGGACCUGUGCUCCUUCAAGUCGAUACGCGAGUUCGCCGACGACAUCGUCAACACCGAGGAACGCCUCGACGUGCUCAUCAACAACGCCGGAAUCGUCCCAUUUCCGCACCGAGUGGAAACGGUUGACGGAUUCGAGCAGACGCUGCAGACCAACCAUCUGGGGCCUUUCCUACUUACGAAUCUACUUCUCGGCAAGCUGAAGGCUAGCGCACCGAGCCGCAUCAUCACACUGUCGUCUCUGCUGCACCACUUCGGCCGCAUCGAUCCCGGCCGCCUGGACUACGCCGAGUACCGGAUGCCCAUGCAGGUGUACAGCGACACCAAGCUGGCUAACGUGCUCUUCACGAAGGAGUUGGCGCGGAGGCUUCUGGGAACGGGUGUGACGGCCAACGUUCUCCACCCUGGUGCGGUGCAAACGGACAUCAACAGCACCUACGUCGGCUUUAUGAACAUCGUGAUGAACGCCCUGUUCUACUUCUUUGGCAAGACGCCGAAGGAAGGGGCGCAGACGUCCGUAUAUCUCGCCGUAUCUGACGAAGUCGCCAAGGUGACCGGCCAGUACUUCAUGGACUGCCGACGGUCCCUGCCCAGCAGAAACGCCGAAGAUCCGGCACUCGCCAGGAGACUCUGGGAUGUCAGUGAAAAGCUGACCGGCCUCAGCAUAUGAUGCCUGGGUGGCCAAAGUGAUGAUGGUGGGGUUUGAGGGUAUGUUUUAGAGACCUGAUGUUUCUACAAGCAGCAAGGCCACCCCGUAAGCUUCGAAUAGUAGGCUAUGAUAGCCUUAAAGCAUUCGGAGCAGCGGGGACAGAGCGUUGCGCUUUCAUAUAGCCGUAGAAAGUACGAAGCGCUUGGAAGCUGAGGGCAGUCUUUCACGAUACACAUUUGAUGUAAAGAAAACGUCUUUAAUAUUGAACAGACUCACACAAGACGAUAGUGACAAAGAAGGACUUAUCCUGUAAGCUUAGUAACAGCAAACGCGUCUGCUCCAGUGGAAUCUUGUUUUUUUUUUUUUUAAUGGGGACACUGCGGACGUGAGUGGUUGACUCUUAUAGCCUUAGAGCGCAAGUCAAGUCUCUUAGACAAUUCGCAUCAUAUUUUAACGCCUAACGCGAAACAAAGGAUGUGUGUUUGUGCUUGUCCUUUCUCUCUUUGCACUCCUUCGCUCGACUGUUUCGCGGCUAGAAUAAGACAUAAAUCAAAACCACCAACUCACCCAAACCUUAACAUUAGUUUUAUGCAAUGAUAUGCGCAAGAUUUUAGAGCAAAUGAGCGAAUAGCAUUUAUCGAACUAGUCACGGCAGCGAUCAUGUCACAUCCUUGAACACUAGGAAGGUAUCAUUUUUUAGAAAUACUGGUCACUUACUAGUAUAUUGAAAGACACGAUUGUUAGAAGUCAUGAAGCCCUAGGAAGAAGCGACGAUUGUAAAGGUACUUUCUCCUUGGCACCGCCUAAUGUCCACUCAUGCUGGCUCCUUUAUUGCAGGUAUGCGAACCACGCAUGCAUAAUUUAUACUGGGACGACUGUGCGUGGGAAAGAAAACAGGGGCAUCAAAGGUCACUAUAACCAACAGCACAACAGAACGCAAAAUCAGUGACUGAGUACGUGCUUCCGGAGUGUUGCGGCUUUGUAGUGAUCUGCUCACUAGAAAAAAGAAAUCAUAACUACUUGUCGGCAACCCUGCGUAGGACGAAGAUAUAGCGAUGUUGCGUUAAAAGCGCAACAGUCUGUGCUAAAUUAAUGUUUAGCAAGUACGGCUGAUUGAACAAAGUCAAGAUUUUUGAACUUUUAACUGUACAAUUUUCAUUCAAAAACAUCGUCCUGCCUCUACAUGUGGGCUACGGCGGAAGUGACAAUGAAGAGCCUAGGCGGCAUGACAUCAAUAGUCAACCUUCAAGUUCAGAGGGGAGCGCUGAAGAAACGAAGUGUUCAGGUGUUAAAUCUUCAGCCACUGGACACGGGCACAGACGAGGUAUCCUCUACCUGAAGCCAGAGGGAGCGUCGCAGUCGUGUUCAGUGCGCUGCGCACUCUAAAACGUGGUGUCUGUCCUCAAGUAGUUUUGAGAAAGAUAUAUUAAACAGUACUACGACAACGCGCCCGGCGUCAGGUACAGGACACGUCGGCAGACAUUCCAUGGCAUUUGCGUCUGCGGCCAUCAACGACGUGGCCACUUUUGCUGCUGUGCACGUCUACCCAGCGCAGAGCUCCGAAUCUCUAAAUCUCAAGUGCGCAUACCACUUUUUCUACAACAAUGUCGCUAUGACGUGUCACUUUGGUGCAGUGACAAAUGAUUGGCGGUGCGGGGCAGUCAUGCCGUAGCGAGCAUUCAUCACUAUAGCAUUGAAGACCGUGCAGAGGACGCCAUCGUGGUAAAAAAAAAAGCGCAGGGUAAAAAAAUAAUAUAGUUCUUUCGGAACUUAAUUAGAACACGUCCUUCGGUAUUUUUUACCUUCGAACAAAGAAGGUGAAACGCGACAUUCCAUAAUCUAGUGAAGGGAAGGACACAUUAGUUAUCGUACUCUUCACGAAAACUCUUAAGCAAUUGUGAAUUUCUUAUCGUUUAUAUUGUCGCAGUAAAAAUCUCCAUUGAUGAGAACAAGCAGGUAACAGUAAAGACACAACGGGGCCGUUCACGAGAGGUACUACUGGCCUGCCCGGAAAGGCGACGAAAUUCAGUACUAUGACAUAUGCUGCACUGUGGUGUUUAACUUCAAUAUACAUUUCAAUAGUCACCACGAAUUGUUUUUAUUUUCUGACGUAAUAUCUUCGUUAGGUGAAACUGUUUCGAGUGCAUUGGCCUUGUUUGUUGUGACCCGCCCCUAUACUAUCGAAAAGCGCCUACGUCACAACCUAUGAUUUUUAUGUUCCAGCGUCGCGCUUUCUAGGUGUGUCGUGUUGGGCACGCAGUUUUUCAGUGACGUAACAGCCUGACACCUCGUGCCGACCGCAUGUUCUGCGAAGCUGCCUCAGCAACAAAGGUUAACCCUUGACUGCCUGUGUGGAGGGUGACCUCAACAGUUGUGCGUUCAACGUCGUGUAGGUGGGACCAACUGCAGAUGCUUUGAACACAGCCAUUUCUUUCAUUAUUCAUUCGUCAUAAUUAAUAAAGAAAACGUGUACAUUAGGGGUACGUUCACUGCCU